AUGAAGCCGGUGCCCCUGCUCCUGCUCCUUUCCUCGGUCCUCCUCUCUUCGCACCUUCGCCCUGCCGCCGGUAGACCGCGCGUCCUCCCCGAAUGGCUGGAUGGCAGCAGCCGCCUCCAGAUGCAGCACCUGGAGGAAGCUCUCCUCAGAGCGGCGGCGGCGGCCGGGGACAGCACCGCCUCCUCGGACCUACUGGACGAGAACAUCCUGCGGUUCCUGGAGAGCAGACACCCGGACCCUCUGCACCUGCUGCCCGCUGAAGAGGAGGACGAGGCGGUGCGGGCGGCGGUGCAGCUGCUGAAGAGGAGCGAAGAUCCCCCGCUGUCCAUCGACCUCACCUUCCACCUGCUGAGGAAUAUGAUCCAGAUGGCGAAGGUGGAGAACCAGAGGGAGCAGGCGCUGCUCAACCGCAGAGUGCUUGACGAGGUCGGGAAGUAA